AUGUCCAACAACAAGAUUCCGGAUCAAGGGAGGACACCUUCUCCAAAACGUCGCCACAGGACGAUUUUUGGAAACAUGAGUCCGAAUCUGAUUAAUCAAAGCACAAAUUCGAUAUUUACUGGUAAGAAGCUCAAAUCCCCAGAUUUAAAGGUGGUCAGUUCUGAUUGGUCAUCGAAACAUAUACCGACAUCCUCCGAAUCUACUUUGAGCAGCACAAACUUUCAGAAGCUCUCGCAAAAUAUUAAUCGGGAGAGAUCAGGGUCGAAUUCUACAAAGGGAGAUGCAUAUAGAGCGUUUUCACUGGGAUCGAAUCUCAAGAGCUCAAACACAACUAAUAGGAUAUACACACAUACGAAAACGUUUGCAUCGAGGAUGAAACCAAGAAAUAAGACUGGCUCGAAAUCUAGAACGAGCUUAGACAGCCACCAUCUUAGCUUCUACUUUGGCUCCAUCGAUAAGGAAAAAUGCUUUGGAAAAGAUACCAGAUCCGAACUGUUGAAUCUUUCGCAUCACUCGCAUCACAGAAGUCACAGUGAGGUGUUUGAUACACAUUCUAAUGGUACCAGUCUUCGCCGGUCGAACACAUCUGAGAUCUUUGAUAGGUUUAUACCGUCCAGGCAUACGACAUCGGGGAAGUUGUCAUUACGAAAGCCAAAACCAAAGCAGUCUGCACUCCCUGUAGACCACAUUGCAUCGCAAACAUCAAAGAUAUAUCAAAAUACGGUGGCAGAGGCGUGUGGGUUGGAAGUUGGCGAGAGGAUUCUUCAAUUUCGACCGGCUGCACCUGAAAGAACGGCAUCUUCAACAUCUGUAGUUGGUAAUGUGGCUGAGCAGGGAAUACCAGCAUCAACCGUACAAAUGAGACUGAAAAAGAUGCCGACUUGCCCACAGAAGGUGCUCGAUGCCCCGGGAUUCAUCGAUGACUUCUAUCUUAAUCUUGUAACGUGGUCUUCAUCCAAUGUUCUUGCCAUAGCUCUGGGAGACAGCGUUUACUGUUGGAAUGCGGAAACCGGCAACGUGGUUCAACUGGCGAGCUGCAGUAGCACUGUUUGCUCCAUAAGAUGGUCUAAUGACGGCUUCUAUCUCUCAAUAGGGCUAGAGGAUGGCUCGAUUGAAGUUUGGGACUUCGAGAGUUGUCAGAAGCUGCGCACAAUGCGAGGACACGAUUCAAGAGUGGCUGCCCAGUGCUGGAAUCAGCAUGUACUUACAACUGGUAGCCGUUCAGGCCAGUUAAUACAACAUGAUGUGCGAGUGCAAAAGCACCAGAUAGCAGAACUUCAGGGGCACACAGCUGAGGUUUGCGGAAUAGAGUGGAGGCCAGAUGGGUUGCAACUUGCAACGGGAGGAAAUGACAACAUCGUGAAUAUAUGGGAUGCACGCUCCACAACACCACAAUUUAUCAAAACGGCACAUAGUGCAGCUGUCAAAGCUCUAGCGUGGUGUCCAACACACGCAUCACUACUUGCCACAGGUGGAGGAUCGGCCUGCCGGAAAAUUCACUUCUGGAAUACUGCAACCGGAGCCAGAGUGAACACUAUAGACACCCAGUCACAGGUUUCCUCUUUGCACUGGGGAUACAGCAAUGGUGUGGGUAUGGAGUUGGCUGCCACACAUGGAUUUCCCAAUAAUGACAUCAGCGUCUACGCCUACCCGACAUUACAAAAAACUGGAGUUGUGAUAGAUGCACAUGAGUGCAGGGUACUUGGUAGCUGCCUAUCUCCAGAUAGAACAACCUUGGCAACGGUUGCAGCCGAUGAGAAUUUGAAGUUCUGGAAGAUGUUCGACAGCAUUGAGGAUUCGAGGCCCGAGAACUUGACCGAAAAGGAAAUCAACAAGGUGAUCCGUUGA